AUGAAUUUCGUUCUUGUCUCCAAGGAGAUGCAGGGCAAAUUUGUCGGAAAAGCGAUAGUCAUCACCGGGGCAACUUCCGGAAUUGGUGUUGAGACUGCACGAGCAUUGUCUACUACAGGCGCCACCUUGUUCUUGGCUGCCUGCGACUUGAAGAAGGCUGAGACCGCUCCCGUUGGAAUUCUGGAACUAGGUCGUGGUUCGCUGCAUCGAGCCGCCGCGACAACUACCCUCGCGAAAUCAGACAAUAGGGUCAAUACACUCGCCAAAAACGCUGCUUGCCAGGUCGACGUUCACUCCAGAGUUGUCAUCGUCGUGUCACCAGCCUAUCACGCUCGGAACCUUUGCGAAAGUGACAAGUAUCAUUUCCAAAAGGGAGGAUAUCAUUAUAGGCUGGCAUUUGCAAAUUGUAAGCUUGCCAAUGUCUACAUGGCAAACGAAUUGGAUCGUCGCUACGGUCGUAAGUGGCUUAAUGCAACAAUUCUUCACACAGUCUCCAUCAAUACAGACCUGUCCAGGCACUUAGGCAGCGAAUUUGUGGGGCAGAAUAUGAGCGGCAAGAAGAUUCUCGAGAUCUUAACAACUCCUGAGCAUGGAGCUGCUAUAACUGUUCUUGCCAAAGUUGGGAGAGAGUGGGGGAAUAAAGGAGGAAAGCAUCGGGAGAGCUGGGAAGAAGAAAAAGGUGGUGAAGAUGAUAAUGAAGCUUUUGGGGUUGGAUACACUCGUCAGAUUUAUGACCCAAAGAAAGAGGAAUGA